UCUACUAAGCACAGGUUUGUUAGACUGCACUAUCACUUUGUCUUCGAAUGAACAAUGAUCGCAUUCUGUGCUUUUUUUGGCCUCAUCACAGCAGUUAAAUCAUCUGACAUCAAUGUGAUUAAGGUGCAAACAGUGAGGCAUGGAGAUAAUGUAACGAUCAAAUGUAGUGAAAGUUCAUUAACAAACCAUAAAAAUAAUUUAGUUUGGUACAAACAGAGUUCUGGAGGGGUGCCUCAGUAUGUAUCGAGAACAAUAAAAAACACCCACAGAAUGAGUGGAUCAUUUAAUGAUGGACGCUACUCUACUACUUGGGAUGGGAAAAUAUUUGAUCUAAACAUUGCUGGAAUUAAAGAAGAGGAUACAGCAACAUACUUCUGUGCACAAAUACUGGAAAAUAUUGUGGAGUUUGGAUCUGGAACACAUGUGAUUUUUCAGGCUGUAAACACCAACUACCAGGCUCCAACUCUAACAGUUAGCAUGAGUGGAGAAUCUGUCACACUUCAGUGUUCAGUACAAGGGAUUGCUUCAAGCUGUGUAGAUGAACAGAGUGUGUACUGGUUCAACCAUGAUUCAGAAGAAUCUCAUUCAGGAAUCAUUUACACUCAUGGAAACAGCAGCGUGCAGUGUGAAAGGAGCUCCAAGGCUGAUUUUCCUACACAGAGCUGCAUCUACACUCUGCUCAAGAGCAACCUUAAACCUGUAGAAAAAGGAAUUUAUUACUGUGCAGUGGCAGCAUGUGGAACAAUUCUUUUGGGAAAUGGGACAAAACUUAAUGUAAAAGAAAGUAACAACUGGAGUGUCAUUGUCUUGAUAACUUCCAAUGUAUUAUCUGUUAUUAUAAUCCUUGUUCUGGUUGGUGUUAUACUUACAAAUAGAAAAGGUUCCACCAAUGAACAUUCAAGUCAAAGAAAUGAGGUAAUCCAGAUUUUUUUUAUUGGAAAAGUAGAUUUUUCUUUGCUUGAAUAAACACAUACAUAUCUGGAAUUUACAGUACAUUUUGAAACUGGUGCUAUAUUAAAAACUGAUAUAAACAUGCAAACUGUUAUGGAAAUUCAGUGUCAUUUAGUCAAGUCAAGUAUUUCCUAGAAUAUUGGCCAAACGUAUUAAGACAACAUAUUAACUUUAUUUUUAAAGACCUUUGUUUAAUACAGCUGUACUUAAAACAUAUUCUGUAAAAAUACACGUUUUUACUUAUUAUUUUUAAAAGCUACCAUUAUUUUUGCCAAUAAUCUUUUUGGAAACUUCAGUUUAUUAAGCACAUUACAUGUAGAAUAUCAGUAAUAUUUAACAUUGUUGUUAUCUGAUAUUUGCCAUAAUGUUAACUUUCUGUUGUGAAAUUGUUGCUAUGUUUCUCCUGAAUAAUAAUCUUUCAGCACUCUUAUAAAACAAAUGGUAGGCUAUCUAUUAAGAUAAAAACGUAUGUUUUGAAAUCACUAAUUAAAUGUUGUUACCUAGUGUUUGAUCGAAAUACAAACUAAAGCCUUAUAAUACUAUGGUCCUGAAGCUAUAAAGUUAUAGGUUUUAUUUUUACUUUAGUAAUCCGUUCUCUAUCUGUUAUUUAAUGGAUGCUUUUUUAAAUCAGGCUGAAGCUGAAAAUGCCUUGACCUAUGCAACUGUGAACUUUGCCAGAGUACAUUGAAUAUUCAAGGUGGAGCAACAGAUUUAAACACUUUUAAAGACUGGUCAAAAUAUAUUUACUUAAAGGAUAUAUAAAGAAAUUCUCAUUUUGCAUAAAUUGUUGUUUCAGAUACAAUUUCUUCAUGUUCAAAGAAUAAAAUAUAUAUACACACA